UUUCCAUUCCCAGGGCCUUUUGCCCCCCUUCUGUCCUUGUUGACACUGUCGGGUAAGACCUGCCACAUCCCAUUGUCUGACCUUCAGCUCGCCGCUAGCCGUGCCAGAGCAUCACCUGCGCGACUGUCGCACCUGGCCACCGCAACUUGA